UUACAGAGCAGCCGCCAUUUCACAUCACCGUUCCCGGAGCCGACUGAGAGGUUACUAACCUGUUCAAGUCAGCGCUAAGAAAAUGGAAAACCAGCUUUGCAAGCUUUUCGUCGGUGGACUCAACGUCCAAACUACGGAUGAAGGUCUCCGCAAGCAUUUCGAGCAGUACGGGCAGCUGACCGACUGCGUGGUUGUCCAAAACCAGCAGCUAAAGCGCUCCCGCUGCUUCGGCUUCGUGACCUACACCUCGCCGGAGGAGGCCGACGCCGCCAUGUCGGCUAGGCCGCAUGUCCUGGACGGGAACAACGUGGAGAUCAAGCGGGCGGUGGCCCGGGAAGACGCAGGGAAGCCAGAAGCUCUCGCUAAGGUCAAGAAAAUUUUCGUCGGCGGUCUGAAGGACGACAUCGAAGAUUCGCACCUGAUCGAGUGCUUUUCUCAGUUCGGCUCCGUCGAGAAGGCCGAGGUGAUCAUGGACAAAGACACGGGUAAGAAGCGCGGCUUCGGCUUCGUGUACUUCGACGAUAACGACUCGGCGGACAAAGCGGUCGUGCUCAAGUUCCACACAAUCAACGGACACAAAGUGGAGGUGAAGAAAGCGCUGACCAAGCAGGAGAUGCAGUCUGCAGGCGGUCGCGGCGGCAACCGGGGAGGACGAGGCGGACGCGGCAUGGGAAGGCCCCAGAACGGCUAUGGCGGCGGAAGAGGCGGUGGCUACGGUGGCGGCUAUGGCGGCGGCUACGGAGGCAACGACGGCAGCUAUGGCGGUGGUUACGGUGGUGGCUACGGUGGCGGGUAUGGGGGAGGCUACGGGGACCAAAUGGGUGGCUACGGCGGCGGUAACGGCUACAAUGACUUUGGAAGCGGCUAUGGCCAGCAGUCUUCUGGCUAUGGGCCAAUGAAAGGUAAUUACUCGGGCAGAAGCAGCGCUCCUUACUCCCGCGGCGGUGGCGGUGGUGGUGGUUACGGCAGGGGGGGUUAUGGAGGCUCGUAUUAAGAGGGCGUGUUUUAGGUCCGAGUUUAAGAGCUGCUCCUUCUCCAGGACUCGAACGAACUCCUCUUUUUCACUUAUCCAUUCAUACAGGAACCCUCGACUAACUAACUACCCAGCCUAGCACAAUAGGAGAGAUAGGGCGCCCCUCCGCGGCCUAUCGCCGCCUAUACAGUUAAACCCAGCGAUCAAGUUCUUACAGCAGCUAUUACCUACUACUACCCCAGACCCCAGUUCAUCGGUCUGCUCUAGAACUACUAGGCGGAUUCACAUCAAGUCAAAUAGGACUACUACUACUCUGGAUCUUUUACUUUAAUCUGACCUCCCGCGGGUGGCAAGGGCAGGUUACCUGACGGAGAACUGUUUUACCACGCUUAUUUGUCUGAAUUAAGUUAAGAUUAGCUCACUUGCUUGUUAGCAUAGGCAUGUGUUUUCUCUCUUUUAGUAUAUGUAUUGUAUCCUGUCUUUUUAUUUCUUCCUUUUUUACCUGAGUUUAAGAAGUGUUAAAUCUGGGCUAUUUUUUGUUAUUAAAAGCGUUAGCUGUGUAUUUCCGGUGCAGUUAAUUUGUAGUCCUUUAUUUUUUUUAAAACUAGGCUCGUUGGUCAUUAUAAAGGCGAGCUGGGUCGGCGCUUAAAUUAUCGCCCUAAAAUUGGUGGUGAUCUCGGUCUUGGCUGAGAGCAGCAUGUGUAUAUAGAAGGACCAGGCCAUGGUUCGUUCUCGUCUCACGUUCAUCAAUUACUCCUUCCUCGUUAUAGUGACUGACAUGUAAAUCCCACUUAUAUAUGUUAAAUAGUUGAGUCUAUUAUAAUUAUUAUUAUUAUGGAAUUAUUGAUUAAACAUUAUUGUUACAGUGAACCUGUUUUCAGAUUAUUUUAGGUUGGAUUUCGAUUUCUGCUUUUAGUUUAAACACCAAGAAGACUUCAUUUAAAAUGCUUUGUCUCACUGUGUUCCUGAAAGGUAUUGACUUAUUAAAUAUUGUUUUUCAGUUAUACACUAAAACUGUAUGUAUUUCUAUUUAAUAAAAGUUCCAUUAGCCAUUGUUUUACUGACUUUAGACGAGCCUCAUUUUGGGUGGUUUUGAAUAGACUAGACUAAGCGUAUUAGCUUAGCAGUAAUUGAUUAGAUGCUGUUCAUCGGCUCAUUGUCUUUCUACUUCACUUUGAUCAUCUCUAGAUCAGAUGAGUGGGGGGAUUACCAUUUCCUCACCCAUUUAACUAAGGAUGUUGUAUUUUACCUAUUUUCUUAUUGUAAAAUAUGUCUAGAGCUCUGUUCCAAUACUUUUAGUGAUCAAAUAAGACGGAUCUAUACCUUAGCUGUGUCCACUACUACGUCAUUGGAUUCUCCAGGGGUACUCCAGAGCUGUAGAAACCCAGCUGAAAGUCCAUAGGAUAUUCGCACCAGGUUUCAGGUUUGUAGAAAUACUUUACACAAGACAUUACAUUGUCUUAAACACCAUAUGGAUCCACCUGGAGCAACUGAACUUGCAUCAGGUAUUUUCUAGAUGAUCCAGUAAUGCGUGCAUGCAACAUAAGUUUUACACAUUUCUUAAAUAUGUAUUUUAACCUCAGUAAAUUUGAGGUGACUUGUGUGAAUUAAUUUAAGUGGUAAAUAGUAUAAUUUAUAUUGUCUGGUUUAAUGUAUGUGAAGCUGUGGUGCUACGCUCUAGUUAUGUCUUAAUCAAAUAUUUUAGACAAUUUUCAGUUUAAGGUCUUACCGGAGUGUGGGGCUUAGAGUUCCUGUUUACUUGAUGCAUUAGUUCCAGAUAUUAAUGACACCAAAUGCAAGGAGAUCAGCAUUUAUAAGCAAGGUUUGUGGCUUCAGUUAUUUAUCUUACAUCUUAUCUUACACCCCCUCCCUCAUCAUCUCGGUGUUUUGCUUGUGUUUUGUCCCUACACAUUUAUGGCACACUGAAAGGACUUGGAUAACAUUGAUAUGUGCAUUAAACUGUAGUAGUAAUCCUUUCAUGGCUUUAAGUAGUUUUGAAUUUAAUGCACUUGUCUGGGCUGUUGAAUUGUAUGACUGUGCAAUUUUCAUACCAGAAAGUGCACUUUGCAUUUUACUUCCCUUCCAUUAUUUAAACAGUUUUAGUUGCCCUAAAGAAUAAUUAGUAGUAUAAAUAAUGAACUGAUUGGGUUUGGCAAAUUUAGAGCCUGUUUGAGGAACUAAUUACUAAAUUUAAAUGAUCAUGCACUUACAUCUACCCCUCUCUUUUACCCUGCAGAAAUGACAAAACUGCUGGGAAUAGGUAACUUCUUGGUUAUAAGCCCAGCUGGUGGAUGAAGACCUUUUGGAAAGCAGACCUGAUUGAUUUGAAAGUUCUGCAAUGAACUGCAGCAAAAGCAAACUUCGGAGUGUGCAUAUGCUCCUACCUACAUGGAGAGGCCUGUAUGAGCACACAGUGGCUCCAGAGGUUGGUGUGGCGCUGAGGCUCCAGGGCACUGGUGGAGAGGAAGAUGAUUCAAUGUUGUUGAACUUCAAGAUACCAGUGUUUUUGUGACCAAUUCUUGCCUGCAUUUUUUUUUCCUACAGAACAUGAGAAUGACUGACUAUACAUUUGCACUUGAUUGAAUAAAAAUCAUGAUUGCGAA